CCACACUUCCGGCGCCUUUUCCGGUUCCGCCAUGUCGGCGCGGGGCGCGGAGGCCGCAGCGGAGCCGGGGCCGGUGGCGGGACCCGGUGCGGCCUCGCCGCGGCCGCUGUUCGGCGGCUGCUGGAGCUGCCGCCUGCUGAGCGGCGCGGGGCUGCUGAUGGCCGCCAUCUGGGUGUACCAAGGCCCGCGCAGCGCCAUGAGGAAGGGGCUCACCCCCUCCAUGGGCGCCAUCGCCCAGAUCACCUUCGCCGCCGGUCUGGCCGGCUGGGCCAUCGUCAUCCUCGCCGACCCCGUGGGACGGUGGCAGCGCCGGGAGCCCUGAGGGGACGCCAAGAACGGCCCCGGGACCCCAAUAAAGGCACCGGGACCCCCCGCAGCGGCUCUGGGGGGAGGGCACGGGACAGCCCGAACUCGGA